AUGAAUCAAUCUGAAAGCUCAUCCAACGAUAAACCUCAAAAAGUCGUCGUACUAGUCACAGGCGGUACUGGAUUAGUAGGAUCAGCUUUAAAAGAUGUGAUUGAAAAAGAACCAGUAGGGUCAAGAUUUGGAAAACGAAGUCAAGACGAAGAAUGGAUAUUUUUAUCUGGAUCAAAAGAUGGAGAUUUAAGAGAAUUAAAUCAAACUUUAUCAAUUUUUGAAAAAUAUAAACCUACUCAUGUUUUACAUUUAGCUGCUCUAGUUGGUGGUUUAUUUGCAAAUUUAAAACAUAAUGCUACUUUUUUACGUGAUAAUGCUAAGAUUAAUGAAAACGUUUUAUGGGCUUCUAAAGAAUUUAAAUGUCAAAAAGUUGUUUCCUGCCUUUCAACUUGUGUCUUUCCAGAUAAAGUCACUUAUCCGAUCGAUGAAACCAUGGUACACAACGGUCCACCUCACUCUAGUAAUUUUGGUUAUGCUCAUGCUAAACGAAUGGUAGAUGUACAAAACCAUGCUUAUCACUCUGAAUUUGGCUGUAAUUUUACGAGUGCGAUCCCUACUAACAUCUUUGGUCCACAUGAUAAUUAUGAUCUAGAAGAUUCACACGUGAUUCCAGGUUUAGUUCAUAAAUGUCUUCUAGCCAAAAAAAACAACACUCCAUUCACAAUCUCAGGAACAGGUAGUCCAUUACGACAAUUUAUUUAUUCUAGAGAUUUAGCUAAAUUGUUUGUAUGGCAGUUAUGGGAAUAUAAUGAAAUUGAUCCACUUAUCCUUUCAGCGUUCUACUCUUUUAUCUCCGAUCCUUGGGUUUUAGUUGGAGAAGAGGACGAAGUUUCAAUUAAACAAGUAGCGGACGCGAUUGUGAAAGCUAUUGAUUUCAAAGGAGAUUAUUCUUUUGAUUCAACUAAAGCCGAUGGUCAAUAUAAGAAAACAGCAAGUAACUCAAAACUAAUGAAACUUUUACCUGAUUUCAAGUUCACUCCAUUUGAGGAAGCUCUUCGUGAAAGUGUGGAUUGGUUUGUGAAGAAUUAUGAUACAGCUAGAACAGGUUCAACUAAUAAACUUAAACAAAUCUCUUAA